AUGUCAACCAUGUUAAGUGAGGAGGAGCAGUUCCUCUUACUCCCAAAAGCAAUUGUCAACCCUGCAAGGGCUUCUGUGUAUGAAAGGUUGUUUUUCCGUUUGAAAGAGGACUCAAUGCUCUGUUCGUCAAUUGAAAACAACCCGGAUAUCUUGUUAAAGUUGAUCGAGGAUUAUGCUCCAUCGCAAUCUUCUGUGGAUCAGCGUAGAGAGCAAUACUCGGAAAUAGUGCAGAGAUUCAGCGAAGGUAACCCAGCCUGUGUUCUCUACUUCGGAGUCGAGGAAGACUGUGGUUAUUCUAUCAUAUAUCUCAGUAAGGAAUUUGCCAGGAUUAAGCCUGAUGUAAGAGUCUAUGCGGUCUAUGAUAUUACACGGAUCAGUCGCCGUGAUCUACUAAUGGUGAACCUUCUCAUGAAAUUGUCGGGUAUCAAGCAGAUCCAAAUCUUUGAUGCUGUUAGUACACUGGAGAGUUUCCUUGCCGAUCUUAACAGAAACCAUCGGUUUGAAUGGGUGAUAUUGAAUCAUGAAAAUAAUACUAAAGACAUUGAUAAUGUUAAAAUGCUGGAAACUUUGUCUCUAAUUCAACCAAGGAUGACUAUGUUGAAGGUAAACGACUUUAGCGAUGAGGGGGAUGAUUUGGAAACCUACCUAUUGAGUACUCCAAUGAUAAAACGACUAUACUCCAUGGAAUUUUCAGUUUCCAAGUAUUUAGGAAGAUGGAAUUUGCUGUACGAUAAAGUUUCUGAUAUGCCGAAGUUAUAUAAAUGCACGGAGUUUUUGGAUAGCUGA